AUGACAGACUCGUCUGCUGAAAAAGUUCUUGCAAAAGCACGCCAUCCAGCGGGGACUUCCUCGCAUGAAGAGGAUACUCCACCUCCAUAUACACCUAUUGCAACCGCUCAUACAGCAACUGUUAUUUCUCCAGCUGGCAAUGAUCUAGACCUGUCAAAGCUUGAAACUGGUCGUUCAACUAUAAACACAUCCCAAAAUAGUAGACCUUAUGUCACUAAUUAUCUUUGUUGUUUCCGCCUCUUGGAUACUGCUUCUGUAUUGGAACAGCGUGGUCAUGGAGAGCUCUCGGUCGUAUAG